CCGACCACUCAUUCAGCGUCCACCCAAUCCAUAGCCACGCGUCUCUCGAUGCAGUUGUGGUGCCAUGAGGUCUGGUUACACCGAGGAAGAAUUCAAAGGCAUAACAGAAACAGCACUCUUCGAACCCUUGAUGCUGGUGUAUGGUCCCCUACAACUGCUUCUGCUACACCGGCUUAAUGCUACGAGGUAUUUCGCGGCUUUCGUCGCGCCCCUCUCGUAUUCGCCAGUGCUGUUGGAGCCAUUGAAGCCGGAGCUUCGCACCCUUCUCGAACCAAUGCCUACGCUUAUGCAACCAAGCAUCUCGGUCCUGGAGAUGACGGAGCCGGAGUUUCUCAGCUUCCUCAAUAUGCCUCCUACGCUUUCGGACCCGUACACGUCGUUGCCAUAUCUGUCGACGCAGCAACAAAGCAAGUCGCUCUUGGAGAUGACGGAGCUGGAGUUUCUCGCCCUUCUCAACAUGCCUCCCACGCUUCCACUUUGAACGCGCCGCCAACACCGCCGCUCCCGCCUCGUCUCUCCCUCCUCGGCCUUCCAGAAGAGCUCAGCAAUUACAUUUACAAGCUCGCUGUUAUCAAAGAUCCAGCAAUCAAUCCAGGUCAGCCGAACAUG